GUCUCCCUUUCGAUACCACAAGCAUCGAGUUUAGAAUCCUUGUAUACUUAUCUAUCGCUUGGAAACAUCAACAAACUGCACAGAUCCAAAUGGAUUACCUCAAGCACCUUCCUGCCCUUCCGCCGCGGGAUCGCGCCGUCCGUGCCGCUGUUCUGACUGGCGCGUCGACCGUGGCACUGAGCGCGCUCGUCUGGUGCAUUCGAGACUAUCAUGCCUUCCUGGCUCUUGGGCCCGGUGGCGCUUCGUACAAUGUCAAGGGCUGGGCUUUCGUUACCAUGCUUCGAUUGUUUGCUCUUUCUAAGCGCGGCGCAACCCAGGUCUCGGACUAUCCAACGGAUGGCGCUCAUGAAGACAUCAAGAAUUUACCAAACAGAAAAGGCGAGCGUGCAGCCGUGGGUGGAAUCAUCCCGCAUCGCCAGCUUUCGCAGCAUGCACCUGAUGAGAUGAAGCCGUACAUUACCAACUUGUUCAAGAAUGUCGUGGUACAGAAUAGCGACAUCUUGGAAGAGCGCCUUUCUCUGUACGAAAAACAUAACCCUGCGCUAUUUGUUCGCGAGGAGGUCCUCGCGAAUAAGGACCCAGCGGCUCCAAAACCGUCUUCAACGGCUUACACUGCCCGCGGCGAAUGUGGGCAUAUCCAUCCUGAUUACUCAAUCCAUCUCUACCUUUCUCCGGCUGAUGCUCGACUCAUUAUCGAGAAAGGGUGGGGCGAGCGACAUCGAUUGUCGAAACCCAAGACGGCAAGGUUCACUUUCGAGAACGCCCACGUCGCCGACACAUACCUGAUGAUAUACGGCCCCAGGGACACGGAUGAAGUUGAAGUGGUGCGCAAAAUCCUGCAAAACAGCAUUCGUUUCAUGUCAGGAAGAGAGAAUGUCGAAGCCCCGGAGUGGAAGGUGGCUCUAGCUCCUAAAUGAUCUGCCAACCAUUUUUGCAGAUGGUGUAUGCACACGGUCAUGCUGAGAAAAGUCGGCGCAGCGGGAACGGCGCGGCUACCAGCACAGCAAUCUUUUUCCCACCUGGAGCUUCAGGCUCGUUUCAAUUGAGGUUACCAAAAAGCGCCCAAUCCUUGGGAAGUCAUGCGUAAUGAUGUGCAGGCUGUACUCUCGGUUCGGUUCUCCUAAGAAGCUCAGUUCAUCCACCACAUUUGCCGAAGCAUAUGUCGCCCUGCUCUUUCGGCUACCGACUAACGCUAGCAGACGCGAUGUUAUGGAAUGAGAGAUUUCUGAUUUGAUCGUCCUUGGUGCUGCC